AUGGGCCAGUAUGGUCGCCCCAGUAUGCUGUGGAGCAUGCUGGUGCAGGUGAGGUUACAGUGCACCAGUGCUUCUGCCAUCGCACGUUACGCGCGUAACGGUCAACUAGACCAUGCUCGCAAGGUGUUCGACGAAACGCCUCUCUCUCACAGAACCAUCUCUUCGUGGAAUGCGAUGGUCGCCGCGUACUUCGAAGCCCGACAACCCCACGAAGCCCUCCUUCUGUUCGAGAAAAUGCCCCAGAGAAACACCGUCUCUUGGAACGGCCUGAUCUCCGGCCACAUAAAAAACGGAAUGCUACUCGAGGCGCGCAGAGUGUUCGAUGCAAUGCCCGACCGCAACGUCGUUUCGUGGACUUCCAUGGUCCGAGGCUAUGUGCGAAUCGGCAAUAUAGCCGAAGCAGAGUCGCUUUUCUGGUUGAUGCCCCACAAGAACGUGGUGUCGUGGACAGUCAUGCUUGGUGGGUUGCUGCAAGAGGUCCGUAUUGAGGAUGCGCGCAAGCUGUUUGAUAUGAUGCCUGAAAAGGAUGUGGUAGCGGUUACCAACAUGAUUAGAGGGUAUUGUGAGGAGGGUCGUUUGAACGAGGCGCGUGCGCUGUUUGAUCAAAUGCCUAAGAGGAAUGUGGUUACUUGGACUACUAUGGUUUCCGGGUAUGCUAGGAAUAGGAGGGUGGAUGUUGCGAGGAAGCUUUUUGAAGUGAUGCCGGAGAGGAAUGAAGUGUCUUGGACGGCUAUGCUUAUGGGGUAUACUCAUAGUGGGAGGAUGAACGAGGCUUCUGAGUUUUUUGACGUGAUGCCGGUGAAGUCGGUUGUUGCUUGCAAUGAGAUGAUCAUGGGGUUUGGGCUUGAUGGAGAGGUGGAUAAGGCAAGGCGGGUGUUUGAGGAAAUGAAGGAGACGGAUGAUGGAACUUGGAGUGCCAUGAUUAAGGUGUACGAGAGGAAAGGGUAUGAGUCGGAAGCGUUGGGUUUGUUUCGGAGGAUGCAGAGAGAAGGGGUUGGACUGAAUUUCCCAUCAUUAAUUAGUGUUCUUUCUGUGUGUGCCAGCCUGGCCAGUCUUGACUAUGGUAGUCAGGUGCAUGCCCAAUUGGUGAGAUCUGAAUUUGAUCAGGAUUUAUAUGUUGCGUCGAUCUUAAUUACAAUGUAUGUUAAGUGUGGCAAUCUUGUGAGAGCAAAACAGAUUUUUGACAGGUUUCCUUUGAAGGAUAUUGUUAUGUGGAACUCUAUGAUCACUGGUUAUUCUCAGCAUGGAUUGGGGGAGGAAGCUUUGAAUGUUUUCCAUAAUAUGUGCUCGGCGGGGGUUCCACCAGAUGAUGUUACUUUCAUUGGAGUUCUUUCAGCAUGUAGCUAUAGUGGCAAGGUGAAAGAAGGGCUUGAAUUGUUUGAAUCAAUGAAAUGCAAAUAUCAAGUGGAACCGGGAAUUGAACACUAUGCAUGCCUGGUUGAUUUGCUAGGCCGAGCAGGCCAAGUUAAUGAUGCAAUGAAACUAGUAGAAAAGAUGCCAAUGGAACCUGAUGCUAUUGUUUGGGGUGCACUGUUGGGAGCAUGCAGAAUUCAUAUGAAGCUGGAUUUGGCUGAAGUUGCGGUUGAGAAACUUGCCCAGCUAGAACCUAAAAACGCUGGACCUUACGUCUUGCUUUCAAAUAUGUAUGCAAGUAGAGGAAGAUGGGGAGAUGUUGAAGUCCUUAGGAAGAAAAUAAAAGCUAGGAGUGUUAUCAAAUUGCCUGGCUGUAGUUGGAUUGAGGUGGAGAAAAAGGUACAUAUGUUCACUGGAGGAGACAGCAAGGGCCACCCUGAGCAGCCUAUUAUCAUGAAAAUGUUGGAGAAGUUAGGUGGAUUGUUGAGGGAAGCUGGGUACUGUCCUGAUGGUAGCUUUGUCCUUCACGAUGUGGAUGAGGAAGAGAAGACACAUAGCUUGGGUUAUCAUAGUGAAAAACUAGCUGUAGCAUAUGGACUCCUAAAAGUGCCUGAAGGAAUGCCAAUUAGAGUUAUGAAAAAUUUGCGGGUUUGUGGUGAUUGCCAUUCUGCAAUUAAAUUGAUUGCAAAAGUCACUGGGAGGGAGAUCAUUUUGAGGGAUGCUAAUAGAUUUCAUCAUUUUAAGGAUGGUUGCUGUUCUUGCAAGGACUAUUGGUGA